GUUUCAUCACGCCUCUGCAUGCAAGUAUCUAAUUAUAUGUUUAUAGUGAGAUAAGAAAUUCGGUAACGCAUCAAAAAUGAUCUAAAAUAGGUAAACUUGAUUUGUGCAAUAAAUUAUAGUUUCAUUCAAUAAUUUUGUUAACGGAAGAUAAGAUGUACAAGUGUCUAGUGAUCUUGUUCCUGGCAUUAUGUGCUGAAGGAAUAAUUCUCACUACGAAUCAAGGUACGAUAAAUGGAACUUAUUUGACGACACGGAGAGGUAAACUGUUCAACGCUUUCUACGGUAUUCCUUUUGCCCAGCCUCCCUUGGGUGAGUUGAGGUUCAAGCCACCAAAAGAAGCCAAAUCAUGGAGUGGAGUUUUGGAUGCUUCUGUUGUUCCAAAUAGCUGUUUGCAAGUUGGACUUGGAGCGGACUUCAAUUCAACUGUAGGGGGUAGUGAGGACUGUUUGAAUUUGAACGUUUAUACACCUUUGAAUGCUCGAAAAGGGGAUGGUAUAGCAGUAGUUGUAUACCUAUUUGGAGGCAUGUUUAAAGGAAUGACAAACAUGGAUUUCGGACCCCAAUAUAUUCUAGAUAGAGACGUCAUCCUCGUUGAACCAAAUUACAGAUUAGGGGCUUUAGGAUUUAUGUCCACUGGAGAUUCAGUAAUAUCGGGAAAUUAUCAACUGAAAGAUCAAACAAUGGCGUUGAAAUGGAUACAAAAGAAUAUACAUCAUUUCGGAGGCGAUCCAAAUAGCGUUACUUUACAAGGCCACAGCUCCUCUACUAAUUGCAUCCAUUUGCAUACAGUAUCGCCUUUGAGCAGAGGAUUAUUCCAUAAAGUCAUUAUGCAAAGUGGUAUCCAGAUGGAUAGAUUUUUUGGUCCCGAUGUGCUACGAGGUAUCGUCAAAGAAUUCGCUACUAAAGCUGGAUGUCCUGAUAUAACCAGCUCCGAAAGGAUGCACAGUUGUUUGAUGACCUUGGAUGCAGAAAAGUUCCCAGUAAUUGAACAAACUAUGUAUGUAUGGGAUUUAAGUCCAGGAUCGGUUUUCAAACCCAGCAUUGAGAGUGAAGAUUCUGAAGAACCAUUCAUCACGAAGCCACCGAGUACUGCUGAUUAUCAUACCCCUAAUAUGCCUUGGAUUAUUGGAUUAACCACCGGAGAAGCUUCCUUCAAAGUUGCUCAUUACUUAAGUGAUGAUGGAGAACUGGCAUCUGAAAUUGAUCAGUAUUACAAAUUAUUGUUUCCUGUCACAUUACUGUAUUUGUGGGACACGAAAAUCAAACAAAUGAAUUACAUUUCUCAAACACUCCGAUCUUAUUAUUUUGGUGAUCGUAAGAUCGGGAAUGAAACAUGUCAUCAAAUGACCGAAUUUUAUACUCACGGUAUGUUCGGAGUAUCGAUUAUAAAAGCGAUACGAAAUUAUCCAGGUCCGAAAUACGUGUAUUGGUAUGAUUACAAAUCGAAUCAUUCACGCCAAAAUAUCGACGGAUAUUACGAAGAAUAUCUUGGAGUGUCCCAUGGAGAGGACGUAGACUUACUUUUCUACAGAUCUGGGUCCGAUGCUGCACUCACCGAAACAGAUCACAUGUUUAGCGAAGAAUUGGUCAAAAGAUGGGUGAAUUUCGUCAAAACGGGGAAUCCAAACUUCCCAAAUAAAAUUAACGCAGACUUUAUGGGAUUUUGGGAACCUAUGAUCACAAAUAGGAUAGAGUACCUACGUAUAAAUUGGAAUGGUACGAUGGAAACUGAUUUAUACAAAGGAAUCUACGAGUUUUGGGCAAGCCUGCCGUUUGAAAACAAAUAUGAAGGCUGGUUUUGAAAAGAUUAAGGUUGAUUCUUUGACUAUGCCGAAUUGUUACAGGUAGCUUUACCUAUAAUAUUGAUGAAAUAAUUGAAUUAAGUGACACAUAUUGGCUUGAUGGGGUAGGUAAUGAUAUACUCGUAUUCAGAAAUAUCCAGUACUUAAGAAUUCCUUUGUAACAUUUCUCAAUUCCAAAUGUAAGUUGACUAGAAAAUUAUAUAUUUUUUUUUUUGAAA